AUGGACUCCACGGCGACCACCAACCCGCUCGCGUGCGGCGGCCUGACGGCGCUCUCCCUACGCCUCCUCGGCGAGCUCGCUGAAACAGGCGCAAGCACCAACCUCGUCUUCUCGCCGCUGUCCAUCUACGCCGCGCUCGCCCUCACCGCCGCCGGCGCCCGGGGCGCGACUCUCCAGGAGUUCCUCGCCGUUCUCGGCGCGAGGUCCCGCGAUGAGCUCGCCGAGAUCGUCCGCGGCUUUACGGAGCAGGUCCUCGCCGACCGGCCGCUGACGGGCGGGCCGCACGUCUCGUUCGCGUGCGGCCUCUGGCACGACGAGACCCGGAAGCUGAAGCCCGCGUUCCGCGACGCCGCCGCACACUCCUACAAGGCGGAGACCCGCGCCGUCGACUUCCGAGAAAAGCCAGGGGAAGCCGUGAAACUGAUCAACGCGUGGGUGGCCGCGGCAACGAACAACCUCAUCGAUUCGAUCCUCACCGACGGGCAAGUGUCCAACGAGACCGACAUCAUCGUCGCCAACGCCGUCUACUUCAAGGGCAUGUGGGCAGGGCCUUUCAACAAGGAGUACACCGAGGACGACAAGUUCCACCGCCUCGACGGGAGCACCUUCGACGUGCCGUUCAUGCAGAGCGGGGCGAAGCAGUACAUCGCCUGCCACCAAGGGUUCAAGGUGCUCAGGCUUCAGUACAAGGACGGCCACCAGCGCUGUUCGCCCCCGUCACCGUUCUCCAUGUGCAUCUUCCUGCCCGACGCCCGCGACGGCCUCUCGGGCCUCAUCAGCAGGAUCGUCGCGUCGUCCAGCUCAGACUUCAUCCGCGAGCACCUGCCGACGAGCCUCGUCACGGUCGGCGAAUUCCGGCUGCCCAGGUUCAAGCUAACAUUCUCAAGUGACAUGUCAUCAGUCCUUCAGAGGUUGGGUCUCCAGGUAGCGUUCGAUCUAAAGGAAGCUGACCUGUGCGACAUGGUGGAGGACGAGGGCACCGGAAUGCCGUUGGCUCUACAGAGCAUCAUCCACAAGGCUGUCAUCGAGGUGAACGAAUACGGUACCGAGGCUGCGGCUGCCACCGCCUCUCGGAUGAAAGGCAUGGCUGCACCAAACAAAAACGCGCCAGUGCCAGUGGAUUUCGUCGCCGACCAUCCAUUUGUCUUCUUUCUAAUCGAGGAGGAGUCCGGCGCCAUCCUCUUUGCUGGGACCGUCCUCGAACCCUCGCCGUCGGUGCCUGGCGAGAAGCUUCUUCGCGGUGGCUCAGACUGCUCAGUGGACGACGAUGUUGACAUCGGGCCGGUUCAGUGCCAACUCACAAGUGAAAAUGCCAACCGGAGCCUACUGGCAUCUCUUCGCCACUGCCUCCGUUGCUUGUUUGGCUAAGGACUUAAAUGAACUUAUCAGUUAUCAGUUUGUGUUUGCAUGUACACUUCAUACAUAUUUUCCGAAGCAGCU